UGAUGAGAGAGUAUUUUGCACAUAAGGAGUGGACCCGGUUGGAAAAGAUUGAAAAGGAGGAGCGUGAAAAAGCUGAGAGAGAAGCAGAGUUGGCUAAACAAGAGAAGAUGAGGAAGAAACAGGAGAAAGAAGCUGAAAAGAAGUAGUAGCAGAAGGAACGUGAUGAUCAGUUGUUGUACUUGGUAAGGAUGGAGAUAUGGCGAGAAACAGGAAAAAAGGAAGUGGGGAAGGAGGGUGGGAUAAUGAAACGGGACAGGAAGAUGAAGAAAUCGGCGAAAGUUAAUGAGUAUGGGAAGACCAUUGAGGAAGAAAAGGAGAGACUCCGCCGCGAAAUUGCGUUACAGGAAGCUGUGGAUGAAAAGGAGGAGGAGGACGAUGAACUCUUAUUCUUAAGACGAAGGGCUGCAGGUUUGAGCAUCCAGGAGAAGAGGAAGCAAAGGAAGGAAAUGUCGGUGGGUGAUAGUCCGCCAAUGACGACUCCAACAAAGAGGACGGGGCUAUCCACGGUGACAAAAUUGAGAAUAGAAGAGCUGCGGUGCGCCGAGGGGAAGGCGACGUCAAGCUCGAUACCGGAGCCCGUCGGAAAAAUUGGACUGUCCUUGAAGCAUGUUACAGCAGGAUGCGGACAAGGAGGAAAAGAGAAGUUUGAAGCUGAGUGUAGAGAUCUGUAUGAAGCACUGACCAUCGAGGAACUGAAGGAGGCUUGCAAAGUGGAAAAGGUGGCAUACGGCAAGAGGGACUUAGCAAUCAAGAGAUUGGUAACGAGGCGAGUCGUGAAAGCCUACGAUCCUGUUAAUAUUCCUUUGCCACCGUCUCCGACAUCAAGCGGACGAGUGACCCGAAGUGCGAAGGAGAAGGGUUUCGAGGGCAUUGCUGUGAAGAAAAGAGGAAAAGGGAUGAUGUUGUGUAAAGGCAGUGAGCCGGAAGGCUAUAGGCGUGUGGAUUUUCAGAUGCUGAUUGAUUUCGUGACAUCGGACCUGCGUAACUGUUACACGAAGGCGGGAGGAUACGUCCUACAGCAGAAGAUUGGGAUUCCAAUGGGGAAGUCUUCAAGUCCCCCAUUGGCAUGCCUUAUGUGUGCAAAGGCAGAGUGGGAUUUUCUGAUAGCCCUCGGGGGACAGAGGAGAUUGGUAGCAGGUCUGCGUUUUGUGGAUGACGCUUCUGUGUUCGUCGCCUACAAUUGAGGAAGAAUUGAAUCAAAGAAGAGGGCGGAGGUGAUAAUUGGGAAAUUCGAGGAUUGCUACGAUGCGAACCUGAC